UGUAGCAACAGCCAUACAAAUAAAUUUGUAUGCACUGCAGACCGAACUUAAUUGAAUUAUUCCAAUACACGCAUUUAGUAAAUGUCCGGACGUGGAAAACACACAAUGGCUGAGGGCUUAGACUUGGGCAAGUGCUUUGAGAUAAUCAACAACCUGACCACCGAGGCGGGUCGGCUGAUUGCGCGAAAUAAUGAGACACGCCAGGAUUUUGUCUGCAAAUCGGGUGAUAUCGAUUUGGUCACGCAAACCGAUCAGGAUGUCGAGAAGCUGAUCAUGGACGGCAUUCGUCAGCAUUACCCAGAUCAUAAAUUUAUUGGCGAGGAGGAGAGCAGCUCGGGCGGUGGUGUCAAUAAGCUGACCGAUGCGCCCACCUGGAUAAUCGAUCCGGUCGAUGGCACCAUGAAUUUUGUCCACGCAUUUCCCCACUCCUGCAUUUCGGUGGGCCUCAAGGUGAACAAAGUCACCGAAAUCGGAAUCAUUUACAAUCCGAUGCUGGAGCAACGAUUUACGGCUCGUCGCGGUCAGGGUGCUUACUACAAUGGAAAGCGCAUACAGACAAGUGGACAGAAGGAGCUGGGCAAAGCUCUGGUGACCAGUGAGUUUGGCACCUCACGCGAUGAGCCCAAAAUGCUGGCGGUCAACGAAAAUUUUGCCAAAAUCGCCAAACAAGUUCAUGGUUUACGCGUGCUGGGCUCGGCUGCACUGAAUAUGGCCAUGGUGGCGCUAGGCGCUGCCGAUGCCAACUACGAGAUGGGUAUCCAUGCCUGGGAUGUUUGUGCCGGCGAUCUGAUUGUGCGAGAAGCUGGCGGCGUUGUCAUUGAUCCAGCUGGUGGUGAAUUCGAUAUAAUGUCACGACGCGUACUGGCCGCUGCCACGCCCGAACUGGCCCAGGAGCUGGCCAAGGUGUUGACACAGUUUUAUCCACAACCACGAGACGAUUAGGCUGCAUUGAUCUCUGCCAGCCUUUCUACUACAACUACAAAUAUGACUAACCCAAAAAGCAUUUGAUUAUUAUGCGUCCAAAGUAACUUGCAGGCAUUUCCAUUGUAAUGAGAAAUAAAACUCGUGUGCAUGUGUAUGCACAUAUAUACCGAUAUA